UGAGGGCGGGCGGUGGGGCCGUUGCCGCAGUGACAGUGCUGGGGGAGUCUGAAGAUGGCGGCGUCGCGUCGCUCUCAGCAUCAUCACCACCAUCAUCAACAACAGCUCCAGCCCGCCCCAGGGGCUUCGGCGCCGCCACCGCCACCUCCCCCCCCACUCAGCCCAGGCCUGGCCCCGGGGACUACCCCAGCCUCCCCUACGGUGGGUGGCCUGGCACCCUUCGCCUCCCCGCGGCACGGCCUAGCGCUGCCGGAGGGGGAUGGCAGUCGGGAUCCGCCCGACAGGCCCCGAUCCCCGGACCCGGUUGACAGUAGCAGCUGUUGCAGUACCACCAGCACAAUCUGUACUGUCGCCGCCGCUCCAGUGGUCCCGGCGGUUUCCGCCUCAUCUGCCGUCGGUGUCGCUCCCAAUCCAGCCGGCGGUGGCAGUAACAAUUCACCGUCGUCCUCUUCUUCCCCGACUUCUUCCUCUUCUUCCUCUCCAUCCUCCCCCGGAUCGAGUUUGGCGGAGAGCCCCGAGGCGGCCGGAGUUAGCACCACAGCAACAUUGGGGCCUGGGACAGCGGGACCUGGGCCAGGGGUCUCAGCAGUGAGCGGGGCCCUCCGGGAACUGUUGGAGGCCUGUCGCAAUGGGGACGUGUCCCGGGUAAAGAGGCUGGUGGACGCAGCAAACGUGAAUGCUAAGGACAUGGCCGGCCGGAAAUCUUCUCCCCUGCACUUCGCUGCAGGUUUUGGAAGGAAGGAUGUUGUAGAACACUUACUACAGAUGGGUGCUAAUGUCCAUGCUCGUGAUGACGGCGGUCUCAUCCCACUUCAUAAUGCCUGUUCUUUUGGCCAUGCUGAGGUUGUGAGUCUGUUACUGUGCCAAGGAGCUGAUCCAAAUGCCAGGGAUAACUGGAACUAUACCCCUCUGCAUGAAGCUGCUAUUAAAGGAAAGAUCGAUGUAUGUAUUGUGCUGCUGCAGCACGGAGCGGAUCCAAACAUUCGGAACACCGAUGGGAAGUCAGCCCUGGACCUGGCAGAUCCUUCAGCAAAAGCUGUCCUUACAGGUGAAUACAAGAAAGACGAACUCCUAGAAGCUGCUAGGAGUGGUAAUGAAGAAAAACUAAUGGCUUUACUGACUCCUCUAAAUGUGAAUUGCCAUGCAAGUGAUGGAAGAAAGUCAACUCCUUUACAUCUAGCAGCAGGCUACAACCGAGUGCGGAUCGUUCAGCUUCUUCUCCAGCAUGGUGCAGAUGUGCAUGCAAAAGAUAAAGGUGGACUUGUGCCUCUUCAUAAUGCAUGUUCAUAUGGACAUUACGAAGUCACAGAACUGCUACUAAAGCAUGGAGCUUGUGUUAAUGCUAUGGAUCUCUGGCAGUUUACCCCACUCCAUGAGGCUGCUUCCAAGAAUCGAGUAGAAGUCUGCUCUUUGUUGCUUAGCCAUGGUGCCGAUCCUACAUUAGUUAAUUGCCACGGCAAAAGUGCUGUGGAUAUGGCUCCAACUCCUGAGCUGCGGGAGAGAUUGACUUAUGAAUUUAAAGGUCACUCUUUGCUACAAGCAGCCAGAGAAGCAGACCUAGCCAAAGUUAAAAAGACACUUGCUUUGGAAAUUAUUAAUUUCAAACAACCACAGUCUCAUGAAACUGCACUGCACUGUGCUGUGGCCUCCCUGCAUCCCAAACGUAAACAAGUGACAGAAUUGUUACUUAGAAAAGGAGCAAAUGUCAAUGAAAAAAAUAAAGAUUUCAUGACUCCCCUGCAUGUGGCAGCAGAAAGAGCUCACAAUGAUGUCAUGGAAGUUCUACAUAAGCAUGGAGCAAAGAUGAAUGCACUGGACACCCUCGGUCAGACUGCUUUGCAUAGAGCUGCCCUAGCUGGUCACCUCCAGACCUGCCGCCUCCUGCUGAGUUAUGGCUCUGAUCCCUCCAUCAUCUCCUUACAAGGCUUUACAGCAGCACAGAUGGGAAAUGAAGCAGUGCAGCAGAUUCUGAGUGAAAGUACACCUAUUCGUACUUCUGAUGUUGACUAUCGACUCUUAGAGGCAUCUAAAGCCGGAGACUUGGAAACUGUGAAGCAACUUUGCAGUCCUCAAAAUGUGAAUUGCAGAGAUUUAGAGGGCCGGCAUUCUACACCCUUACACUUUGCGGCAGGCUAUAACCGUGUGUCUGUCGUGGAGUAUCUCCUGCACCAUGGUGCUGAUGUCCAUGCCAAAGACAAAGGUGGCUUAGUGCCCCUUCAUAACGCUUGUUCAUAUGGACACUAUGAGGUAGCUGAGCUCUUGGUGAGGCAUGGGGCAUCUGUCAAUGUUGCAGACUUAUGGAAAUUCACCCCUCUACAUGAAGCGGCAGCUAAAGGAAAAUAUGAAAUCUGCAAGCUCCUUUUAAAACAUGGAGCAGAUCCAACUAAAAAGAACAGAGAUGGAAAUACACCUUUAGAUUUGGUAAAAGAAGGAGACACAGAUAUCCAGGACUUACUGAGAGGAGAUGCUGCCUUGUUAGAUGCUGCCAAGAAGGGCUGCCUGGCAAGAGUGCAGAAGCUCUGUACCCCAGAGAAUAUCAACUGCAGAGAUACCCAGGGCAGAAACUCUACCCCUUUGCACCUGGCAGCAGGCUACAAUAACCUGGAAGUAGCUGAAUAUCUUCUAGAACAUGGAGCAGAUGUUAAUGCCCAAGACAAAGGUGGUUUAAUCCCUCUUCAUAAUGCAGCAUCUUAUGGGCAUGUGGACAUUGCAGCAUUAUUGAUAAAAUACAACACAUGUGUAAAUGCAACAGACAAGUGGGCUUUUACUCCUCUUCACGAAGCAGCCCAAAAAGGCAGGACUCAGCUUUGUGCCCUACUCCUGGCACAUGGCGCAGAUCCAACUAUGAAGAACCAGGAAGGUCAGACACCUUUAGAUCUGGCAACAGCUGACGAUAUCAGAGCUUUGCUGAUAGACGCCAUGCCCCCAGAGGCCUUACCCACCUGUUUCAAACCUCAGGCUACCGUAGUGAGUGCCUCUCUGAUCUCACCAGCAUCCACCCCCUCCUGCCUGUCCGCUGCUAGCAGCAUAGACAACCUCACCGGGCCCUUAGCAGAACUGGCAGUAGGAGGAACGUCCAACACUGGGGAUGGCGCAGCAGGUGCAGAAAGGAAGGAGGGAGAAGUUGCGGGUCUUGACAUGAAUAUUAGCCAGUUCCUGAAAAGCCUUGGUCUAGAACACCUUCGGGACAUCUUUGAAACAGAACAGAUUACACUAGAUGUGUUGGCUGAUAUGGGUCAUGAAGAACUAAAAGAAAUAGGCAUCAAUGCAUAUGGACACCGCCAUAAAUUAAUCAAGGGAGUGGAAAGACUCUUGGGUGGACAACAAGGCACAAAUCCUUAUUUGACUUUUCACUGUGUUAAUCAGGGAACGAUUUUGCUGGAUCUUGCUCCAGAAGAUAAAGAAUAUCAGUCAGUAGAAGAAGAGAUGCAGAGUACAAUUCGGGAACACAGAGAUGGUGGUAAUGCCGGCGGCAUCUUCAACAGAUACAAUGUCAUUCGAAUUCAAAAAGUUGUGAAUAAGAAGUUGAGAGAACGAUUCUGCCACAGACAAAAGGAGGUGUCUGAGGAGAAUCACAACCAUCAUAACGAGCGCAUGUUGUUUCACGGUUCUCCUUUCAUUAAUGCCAUUAUUCAUAAAGGGUUUGAUGAGAGACAUGCAUAUAUAGGAGGAAUGUUUGGGGCCGGGAUUUAUUUUGCUGAAAACUCCUCUAAAAGCAACCAGUAUGUUUAUGGAAUCGGAGGAGGAACAGGCUGCCCCACGCACAAAGAUCGGUCAUGUUAUAUAUGUCACAGACAAAUGCUUUUCUGUAGAGUGACCCUUGGCAAGUCCUUUCUACAAUUCAGCACCAUGAAAAUGGCUCACGCCCCCCCAGGCCAUCACUCCGUUAUUGGGAGACCAAGUGUGAAUGGGCUGGCGUAUGCUGAAUAUGUCAUCUACAGAGGAGAGCAGGCCUACCCUGAGUAUCUCAUCACUUACCAGAUCAUGAAGCCAGAAGCUCCUUCACAGACCGCAACCGCCGCAGAGCAGAAGACCUAGUGAAUGCCCAUUGAUAAAGGCCAGAUGGAAUUUAAACCUGGGACUGGACUACAGUGGAUUGUUUUCAACAAAAUCAAUAUUCUAUAAAUCCCUGACAGCCUAGAAAUAAGCUGUUUGUCUUUUAUAAAGCAUUGCUAUCGUGAUGAAUAGAGUAUGAGUAACUGAUACAUACUCAAUUGCUACUGUUCCCUUUGAGGAAAUGUUUACAGGGGCGGCCUUUUAACAUAUCUCAGGCUCAUUUUCAUUGCAGUUAUCCAUUUCUAAAACGGGAUUGCUUUGAUCCGGCCUUGGAAAUGGAAAAAAGAAAACAUAACCAAUACUUUCCCAAAUGUUCUCAAUUCACACACUACAUUUGCUUUGAUAUGUGUGGCACGUGUAUAUAAUAAAUAUGCACCACAUAUGACAGGCUCAUUUUUAGUUUUUUCUGAACAUGCAUCAUUCACUUUUUUUUUUAAAUUGGUUAUUGUCAUUGCCGUUGUUGCUUACUUUGAAAAUGAGCCAGAGCCUUCUUGAGGAUUUUGCACAGAGUCACACUGACUCAACUCGCCAGCGAUGUAACCCAAGCUUCUGGCUGAGCAAGACUUCACUUCCACUUUUUUUUUUUCCCACUGAUUUAUUUUGUAUCUGUACUUAUCAACGGAAACUGAGACGGAAAGGGAAAACAUCACGUUUUGGUUUCCUGUUAUUGAUUAGCCAGUCUUACAAGGGAAAGGCACAAACAGCAACCUGAUUUAAGAGCUCCCAAGUUCAGAGAAGUCGAAGCCAGUGAGGCCACCUGCUCUUUCCAACCAACACGAGCCUGCUUCCCAGGCAUUCAGGACGGUACUGGAGGGCCAAGCAGAGGCCAGCCAGGGAGAGGCUUGAGUUCUGCCGCCGUGAGUUCUGAGGGGAAACUGCCAGAGAGGCCUGUGAAUUCAGGAGAAGCAGCAUUCAGACUCGGGAGGGCUGUGCAGUUCUGUAAUCCAGCAGCAGGAAAGACCGAGGAUGCCUCGGAGGAAACCGCCUUCUCGUCAGUAAGCCGUACCACCAGAAUUGUCGCCCCCAAAAUUAGCUGCCUUAUUUCCAAAUUCAGUGGAAUUAUCGUACUUCAUUGGAGUCACAAAAAUAUUACUUUAUUGUUCCUCUAGUUUAGAAAACUAGGAUCCAAAUCCUGUUUAGUCACUAGUUAUGCACAAAUGCAGGAACUUUUUUGUUUACUCCAGAUUUGGGGUUUAUUUCAAAUGAGGUGCUUCAAAUAGUUUAUGUAGGUCCCUGCACUAAAUUUUUGAACCAUUUCUUCAAACUUCUUAAUAGACAAAACAAAAAUAGAAACCAAAGCUCUUUCAGUUAUUUUUGAAAUGAAGGUAGAGAAAUAACCACACUUUUUUUUUCAUGAAAUCACUACUUUGUUUUGCUUUUUUUCUCAACAUUUGUCAUGUGCACUUUGACACUUGUGAAAAGUUAUCCAUUACAGUUCUCACACCUGCCCUUUUCACCUCAACUGAAUAUUAAGUGCAUCAACUUCUUUACUUUGACGUGUUCUGCGUCUACUGAGCCAUGAAGUAAAAACACUAUAUGUGGUUAAAAAAAAAAACAGAAAAAGGAAAAAGUGUGAUACAAACUUACCAUUUCAACUUAAAGUCCUGAAAACUAAUUUGUUUUUUAAUGCAGGAUGAUUAAGCUGUGACCUCAUUUAAUCUCCUUAAGAAAAAUAAAAUGGUUACAUGCAAAGAUUCUAGAAUAGGCUCUUAAAAUACAUCUUUUGCUUUCCUUUUGGCUUGAGCCCAAUGCUAGAACUAGGCAUCGGGAACUAGUUUUGAGUUUUAUAGCUGAAUCUUGCAUGGGUCCUCAAAAUUAAAUCAAGAAUUAGCCUCAGUUGUUGCUUCUAUUGAAGUUUUAGUGACCCAAGCUGGGUGUUUGUGUCUUGGCUACUUGUUUAAUAGCACCUAGAUUCCAUAUGAAACUACUAAGUUUGAUGUUCAUUAAGAGGGCUUUUUUUCCUCCCUUCCUUUUUUUUGCUGUGUGUAACAAUGGGUUGAAAGAAUUGGCAUCUCCGUAGUUUUCAGUAAUUGUAAAAGUGUAUAUAUUACUUGCCUCCCCAAUUAGAUAUAGUCUAAAAUGGUAAACACAGCUGUGAUUUUUAGUUAAGUAAAAGGGUUAAUACGGUAUAGAUACCAAAAGCUUUAUAGCGUCAUUAAAAAGAUAAGCCACUACCUGGCUGUGGUUAUAUGUCAUUUCCAUCAUGCUAACUAGAUUAAUGGAUGUGCCCGUUUUAAACUUCAGCCUUACACUUGAGAAGUUAAACUGUGGUUCAAUAUUUAAACUGCCAAUGUUAUGCAUCUGAUGUUCUGUGUGCCGAGUAAAGGUACUGUGUAAGGAAGACGUUUGCUGUGCUUCUUGUCUUGUAAUGAUUCAAGUAUGUGGUAUUUCUUGAAAGAAUGUGUACAUAUUAUUCCUCUGCUAAAGAGAAUGAGUUAAUUGAUAUCUCACAGGAGCCAAAUACAUUUUUUCGAAACUUGAAAACCAAAGGUCAUCAUGAAUGAGUGCAUUCAAGUUAGCAAAAGUUGAUUGCAUUUGGAAUUUCCACCUAUAGCACUGUGAAAAACCCUUUGGAAUAUAAAAGCAUGGCAUUAAAUUAGGCUGAAAUCCGUUUAAUUUCUUGUGUAUGCACUAUAUAGAAACACUAGCAAGUUGAGGACUUCUAGUGUGGCCUCCCCUGAAUGAUGCCUCUGCUUCCCAAACUGUAUAGAAGAGAGAAUCCAGGCGCCUUCGCCAGCUCUACUGCAGUUCUGACAUCAAAGGGCUUCUAGACCUGAUGGUCCAGGCUACUACGUAUGAGCCAGCUGGAUAUUUGACUCGGGCGUAAGUUAAGUGCUCUACUGAACACUUUCUCCUUGUAUUUGGCCGCCUCUUCCUUCCCUUUUCCCCACUUGCUAGUCUGGAAUUAUGAGUAGCGCCAACAAUUGCCUUUGAGCACCAGCCUCCCUCAUUUUCCUACUUUCUCCAUCUUGAUUCUUGCACAAGCCAACUGCACCUCUCUGUUUCCACAUCACAACCAGAGCCAGGUAUUAGGCCUCAUAUGCUCUGCUCAGCAGAUUCUGCCACGUUGCAUGGACCCAAGCAUUUUAAUUCUAUGCAAAAUAAUAGCAGUGCAACCAGGAUUCUUCCUUACCUUUUCCUUCUUGGAAUUUGGAAUUUCUAGCUUUUUUCAGUAACGUAAGUAGAAUAAAUAAUAUUAGGAUGUGUUUGUGAAAUAGCAUCCUUGUGCUCGUUGGAGCUUGGUUAUUAGUGGCUACACUAAUUUCCCUUUGCUCUCAAAAUAGCAAAGUGCGUUGCUAUGUGCAGAUAAAUGCCUGAAUGUGGCAAAUAACAUAAAAUAGAUUAAUAUUCUAUUAUUAUAGCCUUUAUACAAAAAAAUAAAAUUUUGGUCUACACUGAAAGAGCGUUAAAAUGCAAUAAGUUUUCCAUGUUUUUCUCUAUUUAAAUACAUCUCCCAACGGCACAAAGGUUAUUGGCCAUUGCUUGCCCUUCUUUUUUAAUAUCUGAACCCUCUGGAUUCCUGUGAAUGCUUUCAAACAAAAAUGGUGUAUAUUUUUAAGCACCUUUCCCCCAAUUUGUCCAGAUCCCAUAUAUACGAUAACCUCUGAUAAACAGCCUUUUUUCUGGGUUUUCUGUUGGGCAAUUAUCUUGCAUAGAACUUUAGCUUUUAGCCAUUCAGGCAACACUCAAAACUAACAUUAGGAUAGGGUUUCAUGUGUCAGACAUUUACUUAAUGACUACAGUUAAACUUGUUUGACGUCAAAUCAGUGACAGAGAAAUGGAAAGAAAGUAAUUGUGAAGGUAAUACCUGAGUUUUAGUUGGGCACAUGUAGCAUAUGAAGAGGUAAUGCAUUUUUUUUUUUAAUCUUUAAAAAAAAGUGGGGUUUUUUCAGAUAACGUUGUACAUUCUGAAAUCUAGAGACAAUUAAGGAAUUCCUGCUGUGGCACAUGGGGUUAAGGAUCCUGUGUUUCUGUGGCGGUGCAGGUUCAAUCCCCGGCCCAGCACAGUGAGUUAAAGAUCCAGCAUUGCCACAACUGUGGUAUAGGUUGCAAUUGCAGCUCAGAUUCGAUCCCUGGCCUCCCUGUGGUCAUCGAAUUCCAUGUGCCACAAGUGCAGCCAUUAAAAAAAAAAAGGAAAAAAAAAAGAGGGAGUUCCUGUUGUGGAACAUCAGAAACAAUCCAAGUAUCCAUGAGGAUUUGGGUUCGAUCCCUGGCCUCACUCAGUGGGUCAGGGGAACCAGCAUUACCAUGAGCUGUGGUGUAGGUCACAGACAGGCUUGGGUCCCGAGUUGCUGUGGCUGUGGCUGUGGCCAGCAACUCCGAUUUGACCCCUAACCUGGGAACUUCCAUAUGCUGUAGGUGCCGCCCUAAAAAGCAAAAAAAAAAAAAAAGGCAAUUAAAUGUUUCGUCUUAGAAAUGCCUUAACCAUGAAACUUUUUAACCUUUUAUAUCCUAAUAAAUACAAAGCUGUAAUUCCAUUUCUCAGUGUGUGAAAGGUGUCAGGAAGUCAGGUGUAUCUCCAUGUAUCUCACACCUGGUAAGCUUACAUAUGAGAAUCUAUUUGAUAAGCAAUGCUGCAAUGCUCCCUUACAUGCAAAGGAGCUGAUAGAAUCAAUCCAUCCCAAUUUCUCUCCCUCUAAACUUCCUCAGUACCAAGUCUUCUGGUUUAGAGAAAUUCUGGAAAGAUUUCAAAGCCCCUUAAGUUUCGUGCAUGUGGGAAUAGAGCAACAGCUCUUAAAAUGACACCAUGUAGAAUUUGCAUGCUGCACAAGCUGUUUUUUUAAACGUUAAAAUAUAAACCAUGGUAAUAAAUGAGUAGGACACUGAAGAUUUUAUAUCCUAAAACCAAAUACUCUCACAGGUGUGAUCAGUUUUAAACAUCUGCCAGAGGGUUCGGCCUCCUUUGAAAUAACAUUCCACAGUAGAGAUGAUGGCAUUUUGACUCUUCAUUCUUUCUCUUUUCUGCUUCACAAUUUCUCAUCUCCACCCCCACCUCCACCACUCUUCUUUUCAAACAGAUUUCAGGAUCCACUUUGUUACUUUUCAUCUGUCUGCCCUUUUCUGCAGUCUGCCCUGAAAGCCCCUUGUUGAUUCUGUUUGCAGAGAAAUGUAGUUAAACCUCAGUGGGGCGGGGGUCCCUCACAAACUCCCAGUCCCCUCCCAAGGUUCAGGAUGGAAAGCUGGAAAACACAAGAGUAAAAAUUAGAAAGGAACCAAAUCCUUCAAAGCUAAUAGCCUAGGCCUAGAAGAUGACCUUGACCGUAUAGCCAUUGCAUUCAUUACAAAGAAUAGGUAAACUCUCAUGAGCAUAUAAUACCUGUUCCUGCUUCCAUUGUUUCAAGCUCAUCUUGUCUUUGUGGUUGUAGUAUUUGUCUUUCAUACCUACAAACUGAAAAGGUACUUGUAGCAACGAGGUUUCUCCAAAACAUUUACCAAACCAGCUUUGAGGAAAUCUAGAAUGUUUCCUGGCAACAGCAUUUGGAGUAGUAAUUGUAUUUUCUCAUUGUGAUGUUGGUCUGUGUACGUAACCAAUGUAGUGACUCUUUGUUCAUUACUGGUGAUGUUUUUAUUUGUAGUCUCUGUGUGACCUUCCAGUAGCCAGGGGUUCAAAUCCCCUCCCCUCUCUUUUUUGCAUCUGUCUGUUUGUAGAACUGUAAGAUAAAAUACAAGACACCCAGUUAAGUUUGAAUUUCAAAUAAACUAUUUUUUUUUGCUUAAGUAUGGUUCAUGCAUUAUUUGGCAUAUAUUUACCGUAAAAAAAAAAAAAAGUAUCUGAAAUUCAGACUUAACAUGUUGGGGGUUUUUUGGCUUUGUUUUGUUUUGUUUUGUUUUACUCAAUCUGGCAACCCUAUCAAUUUGGUCAUGGAAAAUCUCUGACAGCAUGUCAAUUCUAGACUUCACUAUUUUUCACAUGGAAUGGAAGACCUUUUUUCCCUCACCCUCUACUUUCCAAAAGAGGGCAUCAAGGAACUCAGCCUGCCUACGUGGUGGGUUUCUAUUCAAGACAUCUUUAUGAUUAUAUUUAACCUGUAAUUGUGCUUUGGCGAAAUGUCUAACAGUACUUGUAACUGUUUAAUAUUCAAUAAAAAAAAUUUUUUAAGUA